GUCAAGGUCCAACUACGUCCACAGUAUUGCCACUUAGUAAUAAGCUUUAUAUUCUUGACACCAAAAACUACCCAUGGGUUACAACAUUUAAUCCGAUUAAACCUAAAGACCAAAUACCUCCUGCAACUAAUAAUUCAAAUAAUGCAAAUAAUAAUUCAAAUGUUGCAUUGUUUAUUGGAAUUGGAGUUGGUGUUGGAAUAGUCUUAUCGGGAAUUUUUUCUUUUUUGGGAUAUUUAUUAUAUAAAAGAUGUAAUCAAUAUCCAAAAUUUAUUCCAACACCCGGUAGUACACAUGGGCAGUGUUACAAAAAUAAU